ACGUCCUCUUAUCCCGCCCCUUGCUCUGCUCCUGUCCUCUCUGCUCCUGAACGCUGAUGUGUUACUAACUUCAGCCAUCAAGUCUGCAAAAAUGUACAAUUUCGGAUCAAAAUUGCUGCUGCUGUUCCUCCUGGCCUUCCCCUGCGGAUUAAUAUCCAUCGGCCAUGUCUCUGCAGAACCAGACUCUGCUGAGGACACUGAACCAGAUGUUGCAGUAGAUGAAGAGGAGGAUGAAGAAGAGGUGCUUGUUGAGGAGGAUCAGAUACAAAACACGGAAGGAGACGACGACGACUCUGAAGCUGCUGAUAAACUGAUGACUUCUCACCCUGAUGCCGACACAACCAUCAUCUUCAUGACAGGAGAAGAGUUCCCUGCCAAUGAAAUUGUGAGGUUCCUGGUGGGUUUCACCAACAAGGGGAAUCUGGAUUUCACCGUUCAGUCGUUGGAGGCGUCCUUCCGUUACCCCCAGGACUUCCAGUUUUACAUCCAGAAUUUCACAGCUUUGCCCCUGAGCACCGUUAUUCAGCCUCAGGCUCAGGCCUCCUUCGAAUACUCUUUCAUCCCAGCGCAGCCCAUGGCUGGUCGUCCAUUUGGUCUUGUUAUCCUCCUGAACUAUCUUGACACUGAGGGCAACGUGUUCCAGACUGCCGUUUACAACCAGACUGUCACCAUCAUUGAGAAAGAUGAAGGACUGGACGGAGAAACGAUGUUCAUGUACGUCUUCCUGGUUGGACUGGUAGCCCUGAUGCUGUUUGGAAUAUACCAGGUCUUGGAUUCAAGGACGAAAAAGAGACUCUCAGUGAAAAUAGAGAAAGGCACCGUCGGGAUGAACGAUGUGGACAUCAGCUGGAUCCCUCAGGAGACUCUCAAUGUCAUGAACAAGGCUUCCCCUAAAACAUCUCCACGUAAACGGACCAAGAGGACAGCCGGAGUAGAUCAAUAAAACUGUCGGUUUCCAUCCAUCAUCAUACUGUACGUCAGGCUUUCAAAGCCCAUUUCCUAACCACAGUAUCCCAGUUCCCAUUCACAACGGACCAACAUUUCUGGAGUCUUAUUUCCAGCCUGAGCAAAGUGUUUAAGAUGUUUGUAUGGAUUUCAGCCUGCUGCUCUCUUAUCACGACCACAGAGCAUCCUGGACACUGCUGCUCCGAUCAGAAUGACCAUUUAGACACUAAAACAACUGAACCGUUGUUCAUUUAUAAAGGGAUUUUUUUGACAGUAUGUUUGUGUGAAAGUUAAUUAAAGAUAAACCAAAGUUAUUGAAAUCAAUAUGUCGUGUAAAAACAUGGGAAUGUGGUACAAACUGACCUCAAAAAGGUGAGAGAGGUGAAUACAUCAGUUCUGCCUAUAUGAAUGCUGUGAAGUCAUAAUAAUUGCAUUGGAGAUUAAACACUUUAUUUGUUAUCUGCCAUAUUAGGAUAAAAUUGAUUUUAUGACUUAAAAGCAUUCAUUCUCCUCCUCCUCUGUCAUGUUAAUGAUCCGUACCGUAUGUGAGGGGCCAUGCAAACACCUCCUGUUAACAAAAAAUAGAUGCAAUCCAUUAAAACGUUUCCCACUGAUGACCGUAUGUUUGUACCAUUCAGUGACAUAUGGUGUGAGGUAAAGUUUUGGUUUCAUUACAGUGGGGCAAUGGCAGCUGCAAUCAUUAAAUAAACAUUAAAACAGUGUUCUCUGGAGGUUUCUGCAGGCUAAUCCACCUGUUUUUCACCAAAGAGUCUCAGUGGAGCAUUUCAGACUCUUUAAUGACUGCAAAUGGUGCCGUCAUUUGGAUUGUUUGUGAUUAAAAAAAAAACACCUUUUGGGGGGAAAAAAAUAAAAGGGUGAACAAAA